AUGAAUGUGCACGAGAAACACCCCGGAGAGGCUGAGGUGGUUAAACUAGUGCCAUUGAUAAUGUGGAGAUCGUGGAAAAAUCGGAUAGCAAUGAAAGAGUUAAGAGGUCAAGACCCCAGUGGGAGAACGGAGAGAAGGAAAUGUAAUGUAGAUGGCGGAUGGACCAAGGAUGGCAAGUACAGUGGUGUGGGAUGGAUACUUAGAGAUCACGAGGGGAAAAUGAUCUGGAUGGGAGAAAGGAAAGUGAACCAAGUACGGUCAGUGAUGGAGACAGAGGCUGAGGCUCCGAGAUGUCAUUUUUGA